UGCAUAGGUCGGGGUUAGGCAAUAGGGAGGGCGGCUCGGGGGUAUAUAAGGGCGCGUCGAGUGUUGGGAAUUCGUCAGUCGAGACCCGCAAGCGAAGACACCAACACCAGUAUGAAGACCUUCGUAGCCUCCGUCGCCGUCCUCCUCGCCCUCGCCGCCUCCGUCAGCGGCCAAAGCGAGGGCUGGUGUCGCUGCGCCGCCUUCAUCUCCUACAACAGGGUGGAGAUGAUGGUGUACGAGGCUCCCGAGGCCCCCAUUGACAACUGCGACGCCGUCAACCAGUGCAAGAACCGCUGCGUCACCGAGAUGGACGAGCUUAGCUUCGGCGGGGACCUCUGGCACGUGACGAACUCCGGGCUCACUGUGGGCCAGGAGAUGUGCACGACCCUCGCCGACCACUACGUCUUCUACAUCUCUGACCACAAGGUCUACGGCUACUUCGAGGUGUGUGGCGGUGCUUGGCAGUACGCUGAUGUCGCCUCCACCUCCGACCUCUGCUGCAACGGCGGACAGCAGAAGCAUUGCCAGUCCCGCGUGCCCAAGAAGCAAUAAGUACGCUUGUAGCCCUUCCGAACUCACGAUCACCAGACCAAUGACCUCUUACGGACAUCGCCUCAACUACUAUCUAGCUCUUUUCGGCAACGCUGACUCCACUUAUGGCUGAACUGAAGCUUAUAUUGUAAUUAACUGCGUUUUGAAGACCUUAUAACAUCUAGCAGUAUUGAGAACCGCUGGUCAUCUAAGCUCAUAGCACUAACCAGCGUCAUACCAGCGACUUCAAUCACUCUUCAGCUCUCUUCGGCAUGACUGACUCCGUAUAUAACUGAAUUGAAGACUGUAUCGGGAUUUUACUGCUUUUUGAAGACCUUAUGACAUCUUUUAGCAGUGUUCCGAACGGCUGGGUUAAGUUUUUAGUCACGGCAUGUUUGCGCCGUCCGGAGAACCGUCUACUCUGUUCCAUUACAGUUUUGGUUCUCUGCUGUGGCGUGAUUGUGACCUUCCAUCGACUACCAAAUGCCUGUCUAUCGUUGUACACUAUCGCUGACUCGGGAUUAUGCGUCUCUUCUUUCAUUUUCAUUAUAUCCAUCGUCUUUAUUGCUUGUAUGAGUUGUCCAUUUGAAACAACCUUCCUGUCGUCAGCGUAGUCAUUUGAGUGUCUAUACUUUUUGCGGGUAUCAGAUGUUCGUUUGACUCUAGACGGCGGGAGUUUUUUUAGGAUUAAGGCUCACGUUUAUACUGUCCUAUUGAUAUUAUGAUUAUUUUUGUAAUGAUUGUGUCUCGCUAAAAUUAUAGUAGUAAUAAACUUCAUUUGAAAAAAAAAA